CAUAUAUUCAGUGGUUGGACAGGUUUAAAAUGCGAAUUUAUAAUACGCCUAUUAUUUAGUGGAGUAUACUUAAAUAUUUUGAUGACGCAUGUGGACUCACAAUAAACGCGACGCAGCAUUGUAGCGAUUUGUUAAUUGCACGAAAAACAUGCAUUAAAACGCAUGUCCCUUUAGAAAGAAGAUGUCAUCGGCUUAUGUAUUAUGUAAAGAAUAUAAAUAAAUUAUGUGGUCACAGGGCUGUAACCUACUGUGCAGGAAAACUGGAAAAACAACACAUUCCUGCAUGCACGGUGACUAUUUCAACAGGACCAAAUGUCGACCAAUAACAACUUGAUGUCCAAGAAGAUCCGGACGGAAUACAUGAAGAAGUUCCGGGAUCCAAAGUGGGAAACAUUCUCGAAAUGUUAUGAGGACUGUGUGAAAUACAGACUGACCCGAAGGCUGAUGGAGCAGACUCAUAGACCAUUAUUUGGGGACGGAUGGGACAGUGGGUCCGACUCAAGUGGAAGGUCCAGUCCGAAGAUGCACAAGGUAAACCACUCAAAUGCCAAACAGUACACAUCUUCCAAAGAGUCCAAGAACGAGACCGCAGAGGUUCGGAAUUCCUGGAAGCCACAGGUGAAUGGGGAAGUUCAUACGGAUACUAGUGCAGCCUUGGAAAGCUCAACCCCCGUAGAAAAUGGUUGCAAAGGCGCAAAAACUACAAACGGACCAUUGGAAUCUGUUACGACACGCCGUCCGAGACAUCGGGCGCCCUGUUCAGAACUGAGCUACCCUAAAAGGGAGCUGGACAGUGACGAAUCACAUCUAUCUGUGUUAAGAAAACCAUCCAGGGCCAAGAGCCAACCACCAAGCAACACCAAGGACCGGAUGUCCAACCGUGACAACAGACGGUCUUUUAUCCAAUAUGAUUGUGCCGACAGGCAUAUUGAGACCAGGGACAGAAGGACACCAAACAUAAGAACAUCCAUGUCCGCUGGAGAGAUUCAUCGGGCCGACGUGGGCGUCCAGACUCGAAGAGAGUCGGAAAAACGUGGAAGAGGAUUAGAUCACCGGAGGGCAAGGUCAGCUGACCUGGAAAAGUGCCGUCGAUCAGAACUGUGUGUUGUGGAUGAGCGCUGGAUGACCGAGUACAUGCGCUGCUUCUCUGCUCGACUGAGAUAGACGGCUGAUCCCGGAUCAGUUUAUUUCAAUGGAUUUGAUAUGAGGUACAGGUCGCAGGUAACAGAUCUCAAACCAGCACUACAGGACAAUUUUAAAAUAAAGUUUGGAAGAAUCAGUGGGAUUCUGAUUUGAAUUCCUUCACUUAUGAUAUGAGAAAAAAAAAUUAUAAUAAAAAGGUUAAUUCCGUAUUUUUGGAGACUGGCUACAAUCACUUUUUCAUGAAUGCAAAGAAGGACCAAACAUUUAUUUACUACACCAUUACUACACAUUUGCUAGUACACUUAUUGUGAUGUGUUUUGUUUUCAAAAUCUUGUUUCUGCCAAUUUCAUGGCCUUUGAUGGUCAUUAUGUUUCAUAUUCAGAUAGUUUGAAUGGACCAAACAAUUUAUAGAGAGACAGUUGAUAAGAACUGUUCAUUACUCAGAUUGUUUCCUCUCAUUUUUCACUUUCUAGAGUGCUAUUCUAGAUGCUUCAGCCUGCCUGUGUUGUAAGUUAAACUGCUUCAUAUGUAAGCUGUACACAUUCUUGCUCUUUCGAAUGUAAUUGAUUGAUGUGGUUUGUUUGGUUUGUGCUUCUUUUAUAAGAUGGUCAAUGAGUUGGUGUUGAAAGACGGUGUUAGAAGUGCAGUCUUGACAUGAAAUGUUCAGCAUGAUCUCAUGAACAUUAUGUGACUGUGGCAACAUUUUUGCGAAACAAAAUUACGUGCUUCAGUACACGUUUAUCUGCAGUUUCCCAGUGAAAUGUCCAGCGGGGGGCGCCAAAAGUGAGUAAAAUGGUGUUUUUAUUUUUUAUUUUUCCCUUUUUCUCCCAAUUUGGAAUGCCCAAUUCCCAAUGUGCUUUUAAGUCCUCGUGGUCGCAUUGUGAUUCGCCUCAGUCCGGUUGGCGGAGGACAAGUUGCCUCUGCGUCUGAGACCAUCAGCCCGCGCAUCUUAUCACGUGGCUUGUUGAGCGCAUUGCCACGGAGACAUAGCGCGUGUGGAGGCUUCACGCCAUCCACCGCAGCAACCAUGCCCAACUCACCACGUGAGAACAAACCACAUUAUAGCAACCACGAAGAGGUUACCCCAUGUGACUCUACCCUCCCUAGCAACCGGGCCAAUUUGGUUGCUUAGGAGACCUGGCUGGAGUCACUCAGCACGCCCUGGGAUUCGAACUAGCGAGCUAGCGAACUCCAGGGGUGGUAGCCAGCUUCUUUACCACUGAGAUACCCAGGCCCCCCCUAAAAUGGUGUUGUAAGAUGAGGUUUUUAAAGUGAAUAUUAGACGGAGGAUUUAUUGAGUAAAACGAUCCUCCCUAACCUAAAAUUUUAACAAAUAGUGAUGGAAGAUCAAAUGCGAGGUAAACAAAACAGACAUCCUUACCCUUAACCAACACCUAAACCUAACCGAUAGUGUCCAAAAACAAAAUGCGAAAUGAAAAGCACAUUUUUUAAAGCAACCAUGUAGUUUUGUGUCACUUCUACAAAACGUUUGUGUCGUGUAUUAACUUGCGUACAGUAAAAGUGUUUCGAUAUCAAAACAGCAGUGUGUGAUUAAUAGUGUUUAUUAAUUGUUAAUUGUUUAUAGAGUCGUAUUCAACCAUUGUACUCGUGGUUUGUGUGAAAGUGAAUGAAAGGCACAGUUAUUGUAAGGCCUCUAGUGUUCAGUUCACCAGAAAACUGCAACGAAACGUAGAACGUGGCACGUAAAAGUCAAAUUGCGAAAAUGUUGUUGUAGUAACGGUCAUUCUGUGAGACUAGGUUCCAAAUGUUUUCUACAAAAAGGGAAAUUUCCCUUACCAGUCAUUAUUUAAAUCAUGUAUUUUCCACUUUUUGCACACAUCAAAGAUGUCAAGUUAUCAAUAAUUUAAGGAGGAACAGAAACCGAGGGCUAGUCGAAGGCAAUCUGUUGAUUCUUGUGAAUGUGACACAUUAUCGUACAUUGAGUUCAUUAUAUUUCUAACUGAUGGUGCACAGAUUUUUGUUCCUAAAUACAUAUUUAUGGAUGUCUUAUGAAUAUAUUUUGCUUUUCAGUGAUAUUUGCAUCUGAUCAGAUUGUUGUAUUGUUGUAUUUUUACUCUCAGUUGACUAUCUGGACAUUUUUAUUUUUAUUUGUUUAUUUAUUUAUUUUUUCUCCCCAAUUUGGAAUGCCCAAUUCCCAAUGUGCUCGAAGUCCUCGUGGUGGCGUAGUGACUCGCCUCAAUCCGGGUGGCGGAGGACGAAUCUCAGUUGCCUCCGCGUCUGAGACCGUCAAUCUGUGCAUUUUAUCACGUGGCUUGUUGAGCGCGUUACCGCGGAGAUGUAGCGCAUGUGGAGGCUUCACACUAUUCUCCGCGGCAUCCACGCACAACUCACCACACGCCCCACCGAGAGCGAGAACCACAUUAUAGCAACCACGAGGAGGUUACCCCAUGUGACUCUACCCUCCCUAGCAACCGGGCCAAUUUGGUUGCUUAGGAGACCUGGCUGGAGUCACUCAGCACGCCCAGGAUUCAAACUCACGACUCCAGGGGUGGUAGUCAGCGUCUUUACUCACUGAGCUACCCAGGCCCCUAUCUGGACAUUUUUUAAUCAAUUGUUCACUUGCUUGUUAUUUCAUGAAGGAAACUUGUUCUGUUUCUGGCUACUCUGACAUUUUUGAAUGAAGUACAUGUAAUAUGCUUUAUCAUAUAAUAUCAACUUGUUUUUUAUCAGUAAUGUUUACAUUUUGACCACUGUAUUUGUACAUGAGAACUCACACAGGUAAUUUAUAUUUUCAUCUGCACAACAGAAAUGCUCUGAAUGCAUUUCAGUGAAUAAACUAUGUUUGAGUAAGAUCAUGUUCCCUCAAUAUU